AUGACGGAGUAUCGCGCUUCAAGUUACGUUGAUGAUCGUGAUUCGCCGGCACCCGAACGUUCAUCGAACCGUUUCCUUGAUCGAUCGGUUUCCUAUUCGAGAUACCAGCCGACGCGUUCUGCGGGCAGCUCAUAUUCGAAUUGCACUUCUGUUGACGAGCUUUGCAAUCGAUUCAAUCGUUAUCAACGGCAAGUUCGAGAUAUAGUCAAUACAUUCGCCGAAUCCGAUAUAGACGAAACUACUCGACAAAUAAUGAACCAAAAUAGCUUUAAUCGCCCGCCACUUGCAUUUCACACAGUUCACGGGACCAAUGUGGUGCUAUUGAAGAACGGUAGAGUUGCCCGAAGAAAGGAAAGCUUUUGCAAGGGACUCGCUUUCUCAAACAGGCCUGUUGAUAUUGAUGAGAAUGUGUGUUUGAAAUUGAGUGAAGUUUCCUCGAACUGGUCAGGUGUUCUUCGUUUUGGCGUCACAAACUUUGAUCCAGAGACUUAUCGCAACAUACCGGUACCCAAAUUUGCCUGCCCGGAUCUCACUUCUAAAGAAGGCUAUUGGGCAAAAGCUCUACCUGAACGAUACUCAAUCGAAGGGAAUGUUCUUCACUUCUUCAUUAAUGCUACUGGAGAACUUUAUUACGGAUUGAAUGGCUCACAAAAGGGUCUUUUUCUCACCGGUAUCAAUGUUCAUCUCCCAAUGUGGUUGAUUCUCGAUAUUUAUGGAAAUUCGGUCGCCUUGGAAUUUUUAGAUGCCAAUGAGUUUGUUGUGCGACGACGCGAUCCGAUACCGCCGGUACCGAUCAAUCGCGCUCCAGCCGUUCCACCACCGGUAUUGCCACAAAAUCAUCUCCAUGCGCGUGACAACACUCAAAAUGAGAGAAUGGAUGUCAGACACUCUGGUUCGCUUAUUCGUUUUCAUCACAUUACCGGCCGUAAUGUUGUCUUGAACGCGGCGAGAAAUGAGGCUACUCGCAAUGAUUCGGAGUAUCAUCAGGGAUAUGUGUUCACCGAGCGCCCGGUUCGCAGGUCUGAGAAAGUCACGAUUCUCAUCAAAUCGGUUGAGCCAUUAUACAGUGGAGGACUAGCGUUCGGAUUGACAUGCUGUGAUCCAUCAACAUUGGUUAAUAGCGAUCUCCCAGAUGAUUCGGCGUUACUUAUUGAUUUGCCCGAUUAUUGGGUUGGAAUUAAGGAUGUCGCUGUCAAACCGGCGGCCGGAGCAAAACUGAGCUUCUGGAUUCUUCAAUCUGGAGAGGUGAAAUUCUCGAUGGAUGAUGGUGAAGGACGCGUUAUCUUCUAUUGCGACGCUUCACUCAGUCUUUACAUGUAUUUCGAUGUAUAUGGAUCUACAACAUCGAUUCGAUUGUUGGGAUCGGAACAAGUGGCGCAGAAUGGUCGUUCUAUUGCCAACGUGCCUGCCAUCACUUCAGAGAAUCCAGGAACGAGAAGCCAGCCGCUUAGCAUUCCAACACGUCCAAGAAGAGCUGCUCCGCCACUUCCAGCACCACGAAAUUCGAACAGCCAGUCACCAAUGCUUCGAGUCAACAUGCCAGCAGUCGACCAGGCGCCGCUCGUUCCACCACCACCAGUGGCUCAGAGACCAGAGCCUCGAGUUCCGCCAUAUCCACCACCGCCAAGACCCGUGGUUAGCAGGAUCACAGAUCUCGACGAUCUGUCUUCAAUUCCGUCUGUCUCCGGAAGAGCUGUGCCUGCAGUUCCGCUGACUAGACCAGCUAUCAGCAAUCCGCCACCAGUUCCACCACCAAAAUUGCCGAGCAACAUGCCAACUGCAUCAUCAUCUUCAACUCAACAGUCGGAUGCGGAUAAACGCGAAGACGAGUGCACUAUUUGCAUGGAUGCAGCAGUGAAUUGUGCACUAUACACCUGCGGGCAUAUGUGCGUAUGCUAUCCAUGCGGACAGGCCAUCAUGAAAACUGGUGAACCAACAUGCCCAGUUUGCCGAGCUCCGAUCAAGGAUCUCCUUCAAAUUUUCCGUCCAUAA